AUGAAUAUCACAGAAUUUAUCCUCUUGGGGUUUGGGAAACUGAAUCAGUGGCAAAAUGUCCUCUUCUUUGUGUUUCUAGUGAUCUAUAUUGUAGCCAUGGCUGGGAAUGUUCUCAUCAUCAUUUUAGUUGUAGCUGAUCACAAUCUUCACACACCCAUGUAUUUCUUCCUGGGGAACUUAUCAUGCCUUGAGACCUGCUAUAUCACUGAUAUUGUGCCCAAGGUGUUAGAAGGUUUGCUGACUGGCGAAAAGACCAUUUCAUUCAGUGGCUGCUUUGUACAAUUCUUUUUCUUUGGCUAUUUAAUGGCAACUGAGUGUUAUCUCCUCUCUGUAAUGUCAUAUGACCGCUACUUAGCAAUCUGCAAACCAUUGCAUUAUGCAACUAGCAUGAAUGUCCAAACUUGUAUUCUGUUAGCGGCUUUCUCAUGGAUCAGUGGACUGAUAGGCACUUUAAUUCUGUUGAGUUUCAUGUUACAAUUAAUGUACUGUGGCCCCAAUGAAAUUGAUCAUUACUUUUGCGAUUCUGUCCCCAUUAUAAAGCUAUCCUGCAGUGACACCAAGCUGGUGGAACUGAUGAGUUUUAUCUUGGCAUUUGUGUUCACCCUUCCUCCUUUUCUCCUGACCUUGAUGUCCUAUAUAUACAUCAUAAGAUCAGUCUUGAGAAUUCCUUCGAUGACUGGGAGGAAAAAGGCCUUUUCCACUUGCUCCUCUCACCUUACUGUAGUCUCUACAUUCUAUGGGGCCAUCAUGCUUGUGUAUAUGUUACCAAAGACUGAAGCGCUGAGUGACCUCAACAAAGUUCUCUCUCUCUUGUAUACAGUGCUGCCCCCCAUUGCAAAUCCUCUUAUAUACAGCUUGAGAAACAAGGAGGUCAAGCAUGCCAUAGGGAAAGCAGUUCAAAAGUAUCUUAUUUCCUGA